AUGAUGUCAAUCGACGACUACAUCGAAAGCCGGUAUGACUGGUCUGAUAUUGAAGAGGCACGCCAGGUACAUUCAAUUAAAGCACGCAGUGACUUUCGGGCGUUCACUAAGAGAGUCCAGAAACAGGCUAAUAACGCUAUUCUGGAUCACCUCUGGUCAGUAGACGGCUUCCCACUUUCUGCUUUCCUCAGUCGCGUUGGUCUUGUCCCCAAAUUCACCUCCUCAAGACAAGAGUCGACUUUCAAGUUGAUUGAAGAAGCCCUCCAUAAGCUGAACGGCGAUCUGACGAAUGGAAGGAAAACUACCCUCACGGAGAAAGCCGGAUGUCUAAGUACACUAUGCAAGUUAGCGGCAACGGAAGAAAUGGAUAGGGAAUUUUCGGACUGGAUGAGGUACAACUCAGCGCGACUUAAUGGCGCAGUUUCAACUUGUUUAAUACUAGAAUGCCAAGACGUGGCACAGGAAGCCUGCUUCGCUCUCGCUUAUCUAGCACGAAAGUUCCACUUUUUGAUGAAACCUGGCAUUGGGAAUGUUUUCGAGUCCUUGAUGCAUCUCAUGGAUCGAGCCAUGAGUCCACGGCAGAGAAAUUUCGAUGCUUUUUGGGAGGCGAAAAGGCGUCAUGAGGAUGGCCAAGUGUAUAAAAUAUUGCGCACGACGUUCCAUCCUCCACCUCCAAGAUACUGUUAUUCCGAAAUCUAUUAUCGAUUGGUUGGUGUAAUCUAUUAUACCGUUGCAGAUCUGCUGUACAACAUUCCUCAUCCGGACUUGAUUAACUUCUUUGUUUCACGUAUAAGUCGCCAUCAUGACUUAACGCGUCAACUGUUCUUUCAAAUCCUCGAUGCGGUGGUGAUAAAUUUGUCCGAAAUGCAAGAAGAGGCUCAAAAUUUUGAUACAUUGUCCACUGACGACCCACAAGACGAGAUGUACAAUGAGAAUUUGUGGAGACAAUUACCCAUCCUGCUGUAUAUCAAUGUGCUGAAAACCUCCAAUGAAACGUAUAUCGUCGAUAGUGAAGUCCCAGACACUAUUCUCAAUAUCCUGGGGUCUAAGUUAACCAGGAUGAAUCCCUUCUUCGACGAGAAGAUUCUACAGAUGCUAGAUAAUCACCUGACCAAUGCCAAAACAGUAAAUGAAGCAAUUGGGUGGCUUUCGCAUUUUCUUCCAUUUCUUUCUAAUACUGGGACUCCAAAACUUUAG